GAAAUUUUGUGUUGUCAGAUAAUUAACUUACUUGCUCAGCUACAAACAGUAAACAAAAACCAGAAUCAACACCUACCUCACAACACACACCCACAGAAAAUAAACACCAAAAAGGUUAAAUCUUUUUUAAGGGUUUUACAAAUCUUGCAACAACAAAACACACAUAUGAAAUCCUGCAGUCAAUCUGAGUUCAAGAAACUUGGUUGAUUAGAAGUUUAGAACUUAUUAAGCAUUGAAUUAGGAGGGGAUUAAAAUAUUGAAUAUUGAUAAGAGGUUUCCAGGAAAAAUGGGUUACCAAUGUGACCAUUGUGGGGAGGCACGAUCAAUGGUCUACUGUCGAUCAGAUGCAGCCUACUUGUGUUUAUCGUGUGAUCGUGUUGUUCAUUCUGCAAAUGCGCUAUCAAAACGCCAUUCAAGAACACUUAUAUGUGAUAAGUGCAAUUCACAACCUGCGUUGGUUAGAUGCAUAGAGGAAAAAGUAUCUCUAUGUCAGAAUUGUGAUUGGGUUGGUCAUAAUGAUUCAACCAAUGGUUCAAGCACACACAGUCGGCAAACGUUAAAUUGCUACUCAGGCUGCCCUUCAGCCGUAGAGCUUUCGUCUAUUUGGUCGUUUAUGUCAGAGUCACAUUUCGUUAAUGAUUCUGCUUGUGAGCAAGAAAUGGGCUCAAUGAGCAUCGCUGAUAAUAGCCAAGGUCCCUCUAGAAGUAAUAAUAGUAAUCAAGAUAUACUUGUUACCGGUGAAGAGAACCGUUUGCAAAGUGGAAAGAACACACAUGCUUUUACGGGUUCUUCAAGUGUUCAUGCAGAUAAUAGCCCGCAAAAUGUAGCUCAAGAAGUCGGACCGGUAAAUUCAUCUACAUCCAAGAUAUCACAUUCAGGGACAAAAGAACUUGAACCAUUUGUUGAUAAUGAUGGAUUCUAUGUUGACUUUAAUAUGGAUGAAGUUGACUUGAGCAUUGAGAAUUAUGAAGAACUCUUUGGUGUAGGCCAUAAUGAUCCAGAACAUCUCUUCGCUAAAGAUGGGAUUGACAGUUUGUUUGGUGGCGCUGAAUCUUCAUAUGCUGCCAAGGAGUCUUCAACUGGCCAGGCAAAUCCAGCACAACCAACAUGUAGUAACGCAUCAGCUGACUCAUUAGUGAGCUGCAAAACGGAACCAACCCGUUAUGGAAGGCAACACUCAAAUAUAUCUUUUUCAAGUCUCACUGGGGAGAGCAGUGCUGGUGAAUAUCAAGACUGUGGAGCUUCUUCGAUGCUUCUUAUGGGUGAGCCACCAUGGUGCACUCCAGGCGUUGCUCCUAGCAAUACACCUUCUGGCAGCAGAAGUGAUGCUGUUCUUCGUUACAAGGAGAAAAAGAAGAUGCGCAAGUUUGAUAAGAGAGUAAGAUAUGCUACACGAAAGGCACGGGCUGAUGUGAGAAAGCGUGUGAAAGGGCGGUUUGUGAAGGCUGGUGAUGCUUAUGAUUAUGACCCAAUGAGUCAAACCAGAAGUUUCUAAGUUUCAGGAAGCUUUAAACAGUUCUUUAAUUAUAUGAAUAAGUAACCGGGUCCAAUACCAUGAUUUAUAAGAAUCAUCUCACUCCACAUGCUCAAUGCAGAUUCAAAAACAGGAUUUUUAGUGACAUCACCAACCAUCGGACUAAACAAGGUUUUGGUCUGUUUUUGUUUCUCAAACUGUAAAUCUUUUUGUGAAAAGAGUAUAGGUUGAUUGUCACAGCCGCUUUGGGUUCCUGCAAGAAAUAUGAAUCUUGAGCAUUUGUCGGGGUGGUAGAUGAUGAUUCUUGCUGUACACUUCGCAUGUAAUUAUGUAUGUAUCUACAUAAGCAAAUUUGUGAUAGAAAAAAUUGUGAUAAAUGUUUUGUUUUGGUUGGUAUGUUAAAAGUGAGAGGUGUAAAUCACAGUUGAAUUAGGAUCUGAGUUAAACAAGUUUUUGUAGUAUGUUCCUGUUGUAGGUUCAUCAUUGAAUGGAUUUUGUUGUUCUA